AUGGAUAACUACAAGGCGGCGCCUAAGUACGCGAAUGCUAAAACGGCGGUGUGGUGGGACAUGAACUCAUGUCCGGUUCCAGAAGGUUAUAAUGCUGGUUGGGUUCGGCCGAGUAUAGAAGGGGCGCUGAAGGAGUUGGGAUACUAUGGUCCUGUAACCAUCACUGCCAUGGGCGACCUGAAUGAGGCACAUCCUCAUUUCCUGCAAAGGCUCUCUUCCACUGAAAUCGUUGUUCAACACGCCAUCACCGCUUGGUUAGACACACUCGUUUUCAGUGAUUUGAUGGAAUUCAAAAGAAAUAAUCCACCACCAGCUACAAUAAUGCUCAUAUCCGAUAGGUUGGAGGGAGAAUUGGGUUUCCCUCUUGGCUGGAAUAAACAAAUUCAAAGUGGAUACAACCUUGUUCUGGCGAGUUUAUGUGGUGGGUCUCUGUCACGUCUCCACCAUACUGCAAACUGGCGCCGGAAAAUCCUACUGGAGGCGGCGGCAGAUUCAGUGUCUCAGGAGACAACAACAACAAGUUAUGUUCUUCGGAAAUGCAGUUCGUCAGGCGAUUCCUCUACCUUGUCGUCAUUUGUUUGUAGAGCAUGCAAAUUUACUGGCCUAAGCGUUGCAAGUUUCACCAGUCAUCUCUCCACUGAAGAACAUAAAAAGACGGUAAGCUCACCCUCUUCCUUGUCAUCUCUCUCUGCUUCUUGUAUGAAAUACAUUAUGAACGACCAAGCCGUGCCUGAGUAUGUGAAUUCUAAAACGGCUGUGUGGUGGGACAUGGACACCUGUCCACUUCCCCAUGGUUACGAUGCUCGCCGGGUCCGCCCAAGUAUAGAAGGGGCCUUGAAGGAUUUGGGAUACUAUGGUCCUGUAACCAUCAAUGUCAUGGGCAACCUGGAAAAUGCACAUCCUCACGUCCUGCAAGGGCUCUCUUCCACUGGAAUCCUGGUUCAACACACCACUAGGGUAACCUUAUAUAUUUCUCAUGAUUUGCUGAAAUUCAAAAGAAAUAAUCCACCACCAGCUACAAUAAUGUUCAUAUCUGAUAGAGUGGAACCCGUGUUGUCUCUAGUCCUUUCUCUGGAUCAACAAAGGAGGUACUACAACCUUGUUCUGGCACGUACAUUUACUCCUCCGAGUAUGUCACGUCUCUGCCAUACUUCAGAGUGGCUCUGGCAAACCCUACUGGCUAGGUCUCCGGAGACAACAAGUUGUGUUCUUCGCAACUCUGCCUCGUCAUUUCGUUGCGGAUCAUACAACUUUACUGGCCUAAGCGUUACAGAUUUCACUAGGCAUUUCUCCUCUGAAAAACAUAAAAAACAAGAGCCAGAGGACAGUGAUGAGGGCGAGGACAGUGACAGUGACAAUGACGAGGAAUCAAUGGCAAAGGCAAGUUUUAAUUGUGAUGCCUCUUGA